AUAAUGAGGUCUUUGAUGCAAUGUGUAAGUAUUUUCCUAGCAUUUGUAUCUGCUGGUUUUCUAAUUGUGGCAACCUGGACUGAUUGCUGGAUGGAAAAUGCUGAUGACUCUCUGGAGGUGAGUACAAAAUGCCGUGGCCUUUGGUGGGAAUGUGUCACCAAUGUGUUUGAUGGAAUACGGACCUGUGAUGAAUAUGACUCUAUAUAUGCUGAGCAUCCAAUGAAAUUAGUGGCAACUCGGGCUUUGAUGAUAACAGCAGAUAUUCUGGCAGGGUUUGGGUUUAUCAUCCAUCUGCUGGGACUUGACUGCGUCAAACUUCUCACAAAUGAAGCUGAUGUCAAGUUAAAGAUCUGCUAUGUGGCUGGCAUUACAUUAGUAAUUGGAGGUGUCCCUGGGAUCAUAGGCUCGGUCUGGUAUGCCAUUGAUGUUUACGUAGAACGCUCAUCUUUGAUUAUUCACAAUGUUUUCCUGGGAAUCCAGUACAAAUUUGGAUGGUCCUGCUGGCUUGGAAUGGUUGGGUCUUUGGGAUGCUUUUUAUGUGGAGGUGUUCUUAUUGGCUUGCAUUAUUUUUUCAAAGAAAAUGGAUUUGGCAGGAAGUAUUCCUAUUCUUCUAGAAAAACAGAUUUCCACACUGGAGGUUCUGUGGCUAAGUUUUAUUCCCCAUCUCGAACAGAAACUGCUAAGAUGUAUGCUGUGGACACAAGAGUAUAA